GCAUUCUCUCCCUCAUUGACUCGUUAUUCUUUCCCCGUCGCUUUCACAUUCAUGGUGUCGCGUAUAUAAGGGAGUCGCAGACGAGACAACUUCAGCAGUCCUUGGUCAGUCAACGGUACCACUGCCACAACCAUGUUCCGUGUUUGCGUCGUCCUUGCCCUGGCCUCCAGCGCCCUUGCUGGAAUCCUUCACGGUAGUGGCUACAGCCUCGGCAGUGGUGUUGGUCUCGGCAGCGGUGUUGCCUUUGGCAGUGGUGUUGGCCUCGGCAGUGGUGUUGGUCUCACUAGCUAUGGUCUUAGUCACGGAAUUGGCUACUCCGGCCUUACCGGCUUCGGUGUCGGCCACGGCCUUGCCUACGGACCAGCCGCCAGCUACGCCGUAGCUGCUCCAGCUGUUGCUCGCACCGUCUCCACUUACCAUGCUGCUCCAGCUGUGACCGCUGUUCACGCUGCUCCAGCAGUCGCUACCUACGCCGCUGCCCCAGUCGCCACCGUCGCUGCAGCUCCAGCUGUGUCCCGCGUCACCACCUACCAGUCCGCACCAGUUGUGGCCGCUGCCCCAGCAGUUUCUACCACUUACCACGCUGCUCCAGCGGUCGCUACCUACGCCGCUGCUCCAGCCGUGUCCAGCGUCACCACCUACCAGUCUGCUCCAGCUGUCUCCCGCGUGACCUACCAGGCCGCCCCAGCUGUGACCAAGGUUUACCAGAGCGCCCCAGUCGUUGCUGCUGCCCCAGCUGUCUCCCGCGUUACCACCUACCAGUCUGCUCCAGCUGUCACCACCUACCAGUCUGCCCCAGCUGUCGCUACCUACGCUGCUCCAGCUGUCUCCCGCGUGACCUACCAGGCCGCCCCAGCGGUGACUAAGGUUUACCAGAGCGCCCCAGUCGUGGCUGCUGCCCCAGCUGUCGCUACCUACGCUGCUCCAGCUGUCUCCCGCGUGACCUACCAGGCCGCCCCAGCUGUGACUAAGGUUUACCAGAGCGCCCCAGUCGUCGCUGCUGCCCCAGCUGUCACCACCUACCAGUCUGCCCCAGCUGUCGCUACCUAUGCUGCUCCAGCUGUCUCCCGCGUGACCUACCAGGCCGCCCCAGCUGUGACUAGGGUUUACCAGAGCGCCCCAGUCGUCGCUGCUGCCCCAGCCGUGUCCCACGUGACCAGCUACGCCGCUGCCCCAGCUGUGGCCACAGUCGCUCAUGCUGCCCCAGUAGCCACCUACGCCGCUGCCCCAGCUGUCGCUACUGUUCACGCCGCCCCCGCUGUUGCCACCACCACCGUUCACCACGCCCCAGCUGUGGCCACUGUCUCCCAUGCUGCCCCAGCCUUCGCUGCUUACCAGGCGGCCCCAGUCUACGGCUACGGUGUUGGAAGCCUCGGCUACGGCGCUGGCCACUACGGCCUCGGCCACGGCUUUGGUGUCUACGGCCUGAACUACGGCUACGGUCUUGGCACUCCCUUCGACUACAACACCCUCCUCCGCAGGAAGAAGUCAACUGCAACAGCAGAGUACGACGAGAGUCGGAGACGGGGAAACUUCAGCAGUCCUUGGUUAGCCAACGGUACAACUGCCACAACCAUGCUCCGUGCUUGCGUCAUCCUUGCCCUGGCCUCCAGCGCCCUUGCUGGAUUCAUUCAUGGUAGUGGCUACAGCCUCGGCAGUGAUGUCGGCCUCGGCAGUGGUGUGGGCCUCACUAGCUAUGGUCUUAGCCACGGAAUUGGCUACUCCGGCCUAACUGGCUUCGGUGUCGGCCACGGCCUUGCCUACGGACCAGCCGCCAGCUACGCCGUAGCUGCUCCAGCUGUUGCUCCUACCGUCUCCACUUAUCAUGCUGCUCCAGCUGUGACCGCUGUUCAUGCUGCUCCAGCUGUCGCUACCUAUGCCACUGCCCCAGUCACCACCGUGGCCGCUGCUCCUGCCGUGUCCCGCGUGACCACCUACCAGUCCGCUCCAGUUGUGGCCGCUGCCCCUGCAGUUUCUACCACUUACCACGCUGCUCCAGCGGUCGCUACCUACGCCGCUGCUCCAGCCGUGUCCCGCGUCACCACCUACCAAUCUGCCCCAGCUGUCACCACCUACCAGUCUGCCCCAGCUGUCACUACCUACGCUGCUCCAGCUGUCUCCCGCGUGACCUACCAGGCCGCCCCAGCUGUUACUAAGGUUUACCAGAGCACCCCAGUCGUCGCAGCUGCGCCAGCCGUGUCCCGCGUCACCACCUACCAGUCUGCUCCAGCUGUCACCACCUACCAGUCUGCCCCAGCUGUCGCUACCUACGCUGCUCCAGCUGUCUCCCGCGUGACCUACCAGGCCACCCCAGCUGUGACUAAGGUUUACCAGAACGCCCCAGUCGUCGCUGCUGCCCCAGCCUUGUCCCACGUCACCUACCAGUCUGCCCCAGCUGUCACCACCUACCAGUCUGCUCCAGCUGUAGCCACCUACCAGUCUGCCCCAGCUGUGGCCGCAGUCGCUCACACUGCCCCAGUCGCCAGCUACGCCGCUGCCCCAGCUGUCGCUACCGUUCACGCCGCCCCCGCUGUUGCCACCACCACCGUCCACCACGUCCCAGCUUUGGCCACUGUCUCCCAUGCUUCCCCAGCCUUCGCAGCCUACCAGGCGGCCCCAGUCUACGGCUACGGUGUUGGAAACCUCGGCUACGGCGCUGGCCACUACGGCCUCGGCCACGGCUUCGGUGUCUACGGCCUGAACUACGGCUAUGGCCUUGGCACUCCCUUCGACUACAACACCCUCCUCCGCAGGAAGAAGUAAAUUAUUAUUUGAAUCAGAAGACAUGGAAAGCUGAAGAGGAAAAGAACAGUUUGUUGUGAUUAGGCUCAGUUGUCCAUUUUUUUAAAUAUUGUUGCAAAAUAAAUGUUUCCUGUUGUCUAAAAAA